CAGAUAGCUAGGCUGUGCGCUGCGCUCAUACACCUGUCCGCGACGAGAAGGGAAUGAGGGCGUUAAAGAAAUCUAUUAAUUCGGUUCACUAUGGAAAACAUUUUGUUUCCCACAAUGUGACAGGUCGAAAAUGGUAAACAACCAUUUGGCUGCGCUUGUGAUUCUGGUGGUACAUGCUACAGGGUCCAUCAGCAGCAUAGCGCCACCUGGUCGGGUAUGGUUCAACUCCACAAACCUGCACAAUGUUGUGGAGUGGAGUCCCGGCGCAGAGGGACAGGGAGAGGGAGAGGGGACCCAGUACUCGGUGGAGUACGCCAUUUAUGGCGAUGAGGAUCCGUUGGCCCGGGGCGAGGUGAGAUGGAGCGUGGUGGAACACUGCACUGCGCUGCGGCGGACCUCCUGUGACCUGUCCGAUGAGACCCACAACCUGAACGAGCAGUACUAUGCCAGGGUCAGAGCCGUGGACACCAGCCGUGGACUCGUCUCCACUUGGGUGAACACUACACAGUUUGAUCCCCGCACAGACACGGUCCUUGGCCCACCCCAGGUGACUGUCCGCGUGGAUGGGAAUGCACUCGACAUUAAACUGAGGGGCCCGAUGCGCUGGAGGACGAAAUACAUGAAGAACGAGCGCUCAUUGAGUCGCGUCUACAGUGAGCUCGACUACAAAAUAUUUGUCUACAACACCACCGGACAAAUGAGGGAGAUCAUUACAAAGAACAAGUCGUACCGGGUGGGCUCGCUGGAAUAUGAUCGGCUGUACUGCAUCUCUGCGGAGACCCACUCCCAAAGCAUCCCUCUGGCCUCCCGCCCCAGCCCACGGCACUGCCAGACCACUCCCCCAGAUCCUUUUAAGGCCCACAUGUUGUUGGUGAUCCUCGGAGGUCUUCUGCCUUCUGCUAUAUCCCUGUUUGUCCUGAUAGUAGCGGGCUGCCUCGUCUACCACUACGUAUUCGGUAACAUGCCAAAAUUGUCUGGUGUGUUGAGUCGUCCCUCAAACCCUGAGACUAUACCAGCCAUAGAGGAACCUAAAGUGAACAUUGAUGUCAUUAACAUCUCAACGAGCCUGCUAGAGAAGCUCCUUCCUGCAGUGCCGGAGCCUCCCAGCGGAGGCGCUGUUUCCCAUCUGCCCUCUUACGCCUCCCAGAGGGCUCCUGAAGAAGCACCACCGGCGUACAACUCCCAGUCGUGGCAGUCCUCUGGAGCUCCCCGGGAGGAUCGUGUCCCCUUGGACAUCGAGGCCUUGGAGAGCGACGAGGACAUGCCUCCAGACUAUGGCGUUCUUGUGCGCCAACCCCCAGAGCAAACGAGGGGGCGGGUCUUUGAUCAUCUUGUCCAAUCAGAGCUUCCUGUGACUGAGCCUGUCCCAGGAAGUGACCCGUACAGGUUCCAGAGUAGCGUCCUGCCGUGGCAGACGUCACGCCGCAGCGUCUCUGAUGACGGCAGCAUCUCCGAUGACCUACCGACCGUGAUAGACUGGAACCCCAGCACUGGGGUGCUGCACAUCCCGGGGCUCGGCCAAAUGCCACCACUAGGGGUCAGGAGUGAGGUGGUGGAGAGGCUGGAGGCCGAGCAGCGGGAGAAGGAAGAGGAGGAGGAGGAGGAGGGAGGAGCCAGAGGAGGCGCGUCCAGUGAUAGGCCGAUCUUCUCCACGGUGAUGGUGAGGCAGCCAUCUCAGGACAGCUAUGGAUCAUCUGAUGGCCUCUCUCUAAUGGAGACAACCUGGCAGCUGCAGAUCAACAUGGAGGACCAGUAGGCCUGAUAUGAGCAGAGAGGGAAACAAGGAACAAUAGAGUACACAAGGACAGAGGCGCAUCUUGCCACCAGGCAAGGCAGGCAGCUGCUUGGGGCCCCCAAGCCCCUAGAUAGUGAAUAACAGCCCAUACUGUACUAUAGUAGUGGUGAUUUUGGUUCAAAUGUUCACUCUUUUGCAUUUUCACUUGGGGCCCACCUGACCCUAGAAUCACCUCUGCACAAGGACAACAUAGGGACGUCAAGUACAAUGUACAUUCAUACACAAAUACUGUCAUAAACACAUGGGUCUAUUCUCAACAUACCCACACAUCCACUCAUACAUGCACGCUCCAACACUACACACUACACACAGCCAACAUAAGCACUUACUCACACAAUAAUAGGCCUGAGCAGAGGGAAAAAAGGAACAAGUACUGUAGCCUAUGUGUAUGCUUUGAUAAGGAUUUCGCAAUGACGUCGAACAAGUUCUGUUUUGAAGUUGCGCAAGUAUAAACGACUAGCAUAGAAAACAUUGGCAUGCACCCACAGGAAGUUGCUGUAUGUCUAUGCCACAGGAUGCUACGUUCGUUGCUACUUCCACCUGCUUCGAUUGCAUUGAAUCGAUGGUGUCUGAUGUCAUGUGAAAAAAGGCCCAUGAAGUUGUUCGGCUUUUUAGGGAUAACACUCUCUUCUAAUAACUCAUCCAGUUUUUGGUGGUAUUUGUGGUUUUUUCCACUGGAACCU